GGAGCAGAGGAAGACAUGGUGCUCUGUGAGAUGCUGGGGAGGCCAGAGUUUCCUCUGUUAUCUAAGGAAGGAGAUAUCACUAUUGGAGGAGUUUUCUACAUCCACAAUUCAAUACUGCAGCCUCCGCCCUCCUUCACAAAUGCUCCAGAACCUAUAGUAUGCUCCGGGAUAAGUAUGGGAUCAUUUCAAUUCGCCCAAACAAUGAUUUUUGCCAUCCAGGAGAUCAAUAAUAGCAGCUCUCUGCUGCCUAAUAUCUCAAUUGGUUAUAAGGUGUUUGACAAAUGUGGUUCAACACAGUCUUCAACGAGUGUGAUGAUGGGUCUAAUGAAUGGGCAGGAAAGGACUUUGGGUCAAAGCUGCUCUGGCCAGUCAUCUGUUCAUGCCAUCAUCGGACCAUCUGACUCCUCUUCAACCAUUGCAAUGCUACGAAUUGCAGGGCUUUUCCAAAUACCAAUGAUCAGUCACUUUGCCACUUGUGCUUGUCUGAGUAACAGAAAGGAGUACCCCUCCUUCUUCAGAACCAUCCCUAGUGACUACUAUCAGAGCAGAGCCUUGGCAAAACUGGUAAAGCACUUUGGCUGGACAUGGGUUGGGGCAGUUAGAAGUGACAAUGACUAUGGUAACAAUGGCAUGGAAACAUUUAUCACAGCUGCAAGGCAGGAGGGGGUCUGUAUUGAGUACUCAGAGGCCAUCUCAAGCACUGACCCCAGUGGGCAUAUUGCCAGGGUGGUCAGAGUGAUCCAAAGCGGCAGUGCAAAGGUUUUAGUUGCCUUCAUCUCCCAGGGGCUGGAAAUGCUGCUUAAGGAAGCUCUGAAGCAGAACUUAACUGGGCUGCAGUGGGUGGGCAGCGAGUCCUGGAUUACAUCAAGCUAUCUGGCCACCAAGGGGUACUCUGGAAUCCUCACAGGGUCUCUGGGCUUCACCAUCAGAAAAGCAAAGAUCCCGGGCCUGCGAGAGUUUCUUUUGCAGGUUAACCCAAGUCAAGACCCUCGUAAUAAUCUGCUGAGAGAGUUCUGGGAAGCCACAUUUGGUUGCAGUUUCCAACCCAGUCUGCAUGGUCAGGCCCAGUGCUCUGGUUCUGAGAGACUAGAGGACAUCAACAAUCUUUUCACAGAUGUGUCAGAGCUAAGGAUUUCCAACAACGUGUAUAAGGCUGUGUAUGCUGUGGCUCAUGCCAUGCACAACAUGUUGAAAUGUGGACAAAGUGGUGAAGCGGUGAAUCAGUCCUGUAUCUGGAAAGAUUUUUUAGAGCCAAAACAGAUUGUGAAACACCUCCAAGAUGUGAAUUUUACUCUUCAGUCAGGAGAAACUGUGGGUUUUGAUGAAAACGGAGACCCUGCAGCAACUUAUGAGCUGGUGAACUGGCAGAGAAACCAAGCAGGAGAUAUUGUGUUUGUGGCUGUAGGGAGCUACGAUGCCUCACUACCGAAUGGAAAGCAGUUUAUUAUGAACGGAAUAAACACAACAUGGGCUGCCGGAUCCCCAAAGAGGCCACAGUCUGUCUGCAGUGAGAGUUGUCUGCCAGGUUUCCGGCAGGCUGUGAUUAAAGGCAAACCCAUCUGCUGUUUCUCCUGCAUCGCCUGUGCAGAUGGAGAGAUCAGCAACUCCAGCAAUUCUGCCGAGUGUUUGCGGUGUCCACUGGAGUACUGGUCAAAUGAAGAUCACAGCCAGUGUGUUCCAAAGGUGAUCGAGUUCCUAUCUUAUGGAGAAACCAUGGGCGUCCUCCUCGCUGCUUUCUCGUUGUUCGGAGCAGGUUUAACACUGGUGGUGUCAUGUGUAUUCUUUCGCUUUCGUCACACACCUCUCGUCAAAGCCAGCAACUCUGAGCUGAGCUUUUUGCUGCUCUUCUCCUUGACUCUGUGUUUCCUGUGCUCUCUGACCUUCAUCGGCCGGCCCUCUGAGUGGUCCUGCAUGCUGCGACACACAGCUUUUGGCAUCACCUUUGCCCUGUGCAUGUCUUGUAUCUUGGCUAAAACCAUGGCGGUGGUGAACGCCUUUAAGGCCAAAAGGCCAGCGAACACAGUUCCUCGAUGCUCUGCUCCACUUCAGAGAACAAGCGUUCUUAGCUGUACUUUACUGCAGGUGUUAGUUUGUGUUCUGUGGUUAACUCUUGCCCCGCCAUUCCCCUACAAAAAUACAGCUCAUGCCACUGAAAGGAUUAUUCUAGAGUGUGAUUUAGGUUCACCUAUCGGGUUCUGGGCUGUGCUGGGGUAUAUAGGAUUCCUGGCUGUGCUCUGCUUCGUCUUCGCUUUUCUGGCUCGAAAGCUGCCUGAUAAUUUCAAUGAGGCUAAAUUCAUCACCUUCAGCAUGCUGAUAUUCUGUGCUGUCUGGAUCACAUUUAUCCCAGCGUAUGUCAGCUCUCCUGGGAAGUUCACUGUGGCUGUGGAGAUAUUUGCUAUUCUUGCCUCUAGCUUUGGGUUGCUCUUCUGUAUAUUUGCUCCAAAAUGUUAUAUUUUACUGUUAAAACCGGAGAGAAACACUAAAAAACAAAUGAUGGGGAGAAUCAGAUUCACUUUUAGUGAGUAUGCAGAAUAGUAACACUAAAAUGUAUGAAUGCUGUUUUAAGCUUAAUUUAUUAAAGACUAUAGAUCAUGACCUUGCAGGCCAUGAGCAGAGCACUUAGACUGGCCAUAUUUGCAGUUUUAUUUUUUUAAAUGCGAUAAACAAUUUCAGUGCAUUUCCGUUCCUGAAGCUGAAUUCUAAAUUGAAAAAUCUCAGCCAUACUGAACUAAAUACCUGAAUAAAUGCAUACAUUUAUAAUACGGGAAAGGGAAACACAGCAGCAUGCAUUAAAGCGGCAGAAGGCAUAAUAUUUUUGGCAUCAUU